AUGCUGGAAGAUACUGUGCAGGCAUUAUCUUUAGAAUCUUCUUCGACGGUAAAUACUGAAGCCAAUGUAUCGCAUGUUGAAUUCUGUGAUGGUCCUGGAUCAUCAUGGACGUCAACUUCACAUUCGUCGUUCACGAAGAAUCCUGAUGCUCUGAGACUAUCUAAAACUGUUGAACCGACGAGAAGAGUAACUGUAGUUGAUAAGCCGGGACAAGAGAAAGUACAUUUUACUGCGAAAAAGAGAAGAUUUCGAAAUAAAGACUCACCGAAACAAUCAGUAUGA